UGCCCAGCUGUGCCUGUGAAAAAGGAUAUAGGAUGGUGACCCUUGUAGGAAUUUAUAAGUGUAUUUGUGAAGAAAUUCCCUACCACUGCCGACCUGAUAUACUAAGAGAAAAUGACAAUAUAAUGAAGUGUUUAAAUGCAACAAAACAAAAUUCUUUGGAUCAUAACAGCUUCUAUUGCUCAGUGGUGGGGUCUACCUACAGCCUCUUGUCAUCAUCCUGUGAAAAUGACAGCCUGGCAUCUUCCUUGGAGGACACAGCAGAAUCGUUUGAAAAGCUCAUUGUCAACAAUUCCCUCUGGAAUAUUGAGACAAAGGAGGAAGUUGUGUCUGCUGUGACGCUGGUUUUGGAAGGGCUAGGCUCAGCUGCUGUAACAACAGCUCUCUCAUCUCCAGAGACACCAACUCAGACUGUGAUUACUAAAUCAGUAGUGAUUCAAACACAACUUAUUAAUGAAGAACAAAUUUCCAAAAGAGAAACUGUCAGGUUAGAAGCUCAAGGAGACCAACUGGCCAUUCAUUCAAGUGCAGUGGCUGGGACAUCAACCCAAGGUUUAAUUGCUGUGGCUUUUUUAUCGUACAAUGGGCUGGAAUCUGUCCUAGGAAAUUCUUCUUUCCUGAAGAAUAUGACUCUGAGAAAUGGCAGAACAGUGGAAGACAUUCAUAUGAACUCUAGGGUAGUUAGCGCUUCUACCAGCAGCUGGAUGAGAAAUAUUUCCAGCCCUAUCAACCUCACUUUUCGUCAUGUUGAGGAUAAGGAUCCCCAGAAAGAGACCAUUUGUGUCCAUUUGAACUCUGCAAGCAAGGAUGGUGCCUGGACUCCUGAAGGCUGCUGGCAUCUCCAUUCUAAUGUCUCUCAUUCCAAAUGCAGUUGCCAGUAUCUGUCUACUUUUGCUGUGUUGAUGGCCACCAAGCCCAAGCAAGGGGAUCUGAUUCUCUUCUUUAUCAGCUAUGUUGGACUGAUCAUUUCACUCAUCUGCCUCUUCGUAUCCAUUGUCACAUUUCUAUACUGCCGCUCCAUCCAAAAUAGCAGCACAUUCAUCCACCUACAGUUGAGCCUGUGCCUCUUCUUUGCAGACAUCCUCUUCAUCGCAGGAAUAGACAAAACAUAUAACAAGGUCAUGUGCUCAGUUAUCGCUGGAUUGCUGCAUUACCUCUUCCUGGCCUGUUUUGUGUGGAUGUUCUUGGAAGGUGUGAACCUGUACUUCAUUGUCAAGAAUCUGAAAGUUGCAAAUUACAGCAGGGCCAACAAACACAUGAGGGUAUUCAUGUACAUUUGUGGCUAUGGCAUCCCUGCUCUGAUAGUAGCAGUUUCUGCAGCCAGUGCUCCGUGGGCCUAUGGGACUCAUUAUAACUGUUGGCUUAAUACUGAUAACGGGUUUCACUGGAGCUUUCUGGGACCAGUCUGUGCCAUAAUUGUGAUCAAUACAGUGUUUUUCUGCCUUAUUCUGAAGAUUUUGCAUGAGAAGCUUGCAUCUCUCAAUUCAAAAGUAUCUACCUUGAAAAAUACCAGGUCAUUGACAUUUAAGGCCAUAGCCCAUCUAUUCAUCUUGGGCCUGUCUUGGUGCCUAGGCCUCUUUCAGUUUGGACCAUUGGCUGAUAUUAUGGCAUACCUGUUCACCCUUACCAACAGCGUGCAGGGAGCCUUCAUCUUCCUGGUGCACUGCUUGCUCAACAAAAAGGUGAGAGAGUCAUAUUGGAAUUGCAUUUGUCGCCACAAAUAUAUCCAGCCUUCUACUACUGAGAUAUCUAUGACUGCUGCUCCCUCUAGCGUUACCACGGAAAAUUUGCAAAAUACUGCUCCAGCACAGCAACAAAAAGUAACAUGGGAGUGAGAUCCAUAAUCCAAUAUUCCUAUCCACUGACUCCUUGAUUUGGACUCUUCCUCCCUUGUUCAACUUCAAUAGAAUGGAACUGAUGGGACUUGAGCCAUUUUGCAUUUCCUCAUCUUCUUCAUAUCAAAAGAAUUGUUUACUGCCUCUAAUCUCCUUGAUCUUGAAAGCAUCAGAAUCAUUUUGAGAUCCUGAUUUUUUCCAAAGUCAUUCUUUAUUAUUAUUACAACCUUUCUUUUUUCAGCUCCUGUCAUGUAAAAACAAUGGAAAAUAGAUCUCUAGUGUUCAUGUUGCUCCUUCCAUUUUAAUGAAAAGAAUGGACACUCAUAACAAAACAGUAGAGAUGAAUCAAACAAAUCCAGGAUUCAUGAUGUUUUUAUUAGGGUUCAUAUGAAUGAAUUAGCAUGAUCACAAACUAAUUUUACUCUCCACUUUUCAAAUCAGACUGGCCUAUCUUACAGGGCUAUCGUAGGAAUAAAAAUGAGGAUUUGAAGCACACUUAAUAUAAUACUUAGAAUGUCACAAUAUUAUUGUUAUUUUUCCAAGUUAUAUAAUAUUAGAGCUCGGUAAACCACAUGACUAAUGUGAAUUAGGCCUCCUCAGCUCAAGUUCCAGUUGGGCAUGUGACAAAGUGGUUGUCUGCUGAAAAAAUAAGACCUCCAGACUGGGUGUGCAUUGAGACAAUUGGAUGACAAUUGCAACAUGGACUAUGCCCAUCCAGUGUGCUGAAAACAAUGAGAUGAAGGGUUGUGCCUUCAAAGGGCACAUUGCAGCUUAUAAGAGUCUGCUGAAGAGAGAGGAAGGGGGAAAUUUUCAUUCCUGGAAGGUUUUUGAACAACUGAUGCUAGGGCUGCCAACUAUGGGUUAGGAAAUUCCUGGAAAUUUGAAGGUGGAGUCUGGGGAGGGUGGCAUUUGGGGAGAGGGACCUCACUGGAGUACAAUGCCAUAGAGUCUACCCUCUAAAGCAGCCAUUUUUUCCAGGGGAACUGAUCUCUGUACUUUAGGAAGAUCUCCAGUCCCCACCUGGAGUCUGGCAACCUUACUAGGUGCCAUGCUCUGAAUUGGACAAUUAGUCGAUCAAGGGCAGUAUUGUCAGCUUUGGCGGCAAAGUCAUACCUCCUCCCCUUUAAAGAGGCUGGGGACAGUUCAAUCUUUCCCUCUUUUAGGGCAACACGUGAUUAUCCUUCAGUAGCACUUAAAUCUCUUUCCAAGCAUGGUAUAGUAGUUAGAGUGUCAGACUAGGAUCUGGGAGGUGUAGGUUUGACUCCUGCUCUGCCAUGGAAGCUUGUCGGGUGAUCUUGGAUCAGUCACAGUGUUGUCAGGAUAAAAUAGAAGAGAGGAGAAGGACGUAACCUACUUAAGGUCUCCAUUGGGGAGAAAGGUGGGAUAUAAGUGAAGUAAUUAAAUAAAUAAAUUCUUCACUCUGAAUAGUUGUUGGGUAAAGCAUGAAAAUUAUAGCAUAGCACAUGUUUUUAAAAUACACAGAUUAGUUAUAAUGUCAACUUGAAUGAAUCCAGGAGAGAUGCUUGCUGAAUCUUGUCUUCCCUCAUCCUUCCUCCCAAAUAUACAUCUUCUCAAAUUCCCUGCCAGCUUCACUGAUAUUGGCUAAAGGCUUUUGGAAGUAAAU